GGCCCCAUAUACCGCCUCUCCUCAUGCUGCUGCCAGGCCUGUAAUCUAGCCAAUGGGCCCCCGUACCGAUCGCCUCAAGCCUGCUGCCAGGGUCUGUCCCGUAAUCUGCCAUCGGCCCCUGUAGUACCAGCCUUCCUCAGUGGCUCCCAGUCCAGAGUGUGUCAUGGUUCCCUGUACGGCGCCCCCCAUCAAUUGCUGCUGUCUCUAUCGCCACACUCUGCCAUGUGCCACUUUCAGGUUCUCCUCACACUGCUCUGGUUUUCCAUUUUUAUCAUAGGGUGCAUGGCCUCACCAUUGCUGCUGCCCUCCUACGCCACACUGUGGCUCCACACUCUGGUUUUGGCCCCGUGAUGGCCAAAUGAGUGAAGUGUGCGCUGUGCAUUUCUAAGAUCGACGCAUCAUCUGCAUGUCAUACUGCCUGACAGUAUUAUUUCUCUUCCCCAGACUCCAAGGGCAUUUGUACAGUGUUCAGCACUAAUAUUA